AUAUGUACGAUUGUUUCGUUUGUCGAAAGGUUAACUUGUCGUUUGCGCGUGACAAGCACUUUUAACUUGCUGGUCAUAUCGAGACGGAGAGUACGAAACGAAUCGUAGGAAUGGAGUGUUUAAUUGGUAUUCAAUGUAAAGAUUUCGUGCUGGUUGCAGCGGAUAUGACAACCGCACAAUCCAUUAUAGUUAUGAAAAGUGAUGAACAAAAGAUUCAUAAGAUCUCUGACAAGCUUGUUAUGGCAAUAUCUGGAGAAUCUGGUGACACGACACAAUUUUCAGAGUAUAUUGGAAAAAAUAUUCAGUUAUAUAAGAUGCGUAAUGGUUAUGAACUUUGCCCCAAAGCUGCAGCUUGUUUUACAAGGAGAAAUUUGGCUGAUUAUCUUAGAAGUAGAACCCCAUAUUUUGUCAAUAUGCUACUGGCUGGAUAUGACGAUGACACAGGACCAGAGUUAUAUUUCAUCGAUUACUUAGCUUCCUGUGUAAAAGUUCCUUAUGCAACUCAUGGAUAUGGUGGCAUGUUUUCCAUGUCUGUCUUAGACAGAUAUUACAAAUAUGAUUCUACCGAGGAAGAGGCAUACACCUUAUUGAAAAAGUGUGUUCGAGAAAUUCAAAAAAGAUUGAUUGUCAAUUUACCAAAUUUCAAAGUUCAGAAGAUAUUUAAAAAUGGAAUUAAAGAUAUGCAGCCAAUCACAGCUGAAAAUUUGGCUAUUGAAAGUGUUGCCAAAGCAUAAAAAAAAAAGAUGUUUCUUUCAUACUUCUUUAAUUAUA